UUUGCGAUACCUGCCCAUGGGCCAGUCCUGCUCCACAUGUGCUCAGCCAAACACAUAAAAGUGACAUAACCAUCCCCCAGUGGAAUCCGUUACUCAAGGCUAAAACUAACUGUAUGUUGUGUGGGAUAAAGAGAUACAAAAUCAGAUUAAAUCUGCACACACAUAUUUAAGAAGACUACGUAAAGUAAAUACUUCAUAAAAGUGCUAAAUUUAAUUGAACUCGUAUUUCUAACACACAAAUAUCUAUUCGUCGUUGUUGGUCGUUGUUAUUAGGCAUUUGAAUACGAAAUGACCAAGGUGCAUGGAAGAUAUAAAUAAUUCAAGAGUAUCAAGAGAGCAAUGAGACAGAGAAAUUGCAACAUUUGUUUUUCAAGUCAUGGAACUAUUUCGUCUUCUUUUGAAGUCAUAUCAUAAAGAUUUAUCAAAGGAGUUCUCCGGUGGCCGUUGUCUACAAGUGAACCUUGGAGCUGCGAUUUAUAUGCACAAUUACGAAUAACGCAGUACCUGAUUUGAUGAUGGACGACUCUGGAUUUUUUCAGAGUCAAUCAAAGGGUCAUCAAUUAAGAAAAUGGAGUAGGAUGUUGACACUCAUUGUUCUAACAGGAUGGCUUCCAAUAAUCCUGGGCGAACUUUACGACACGGAAGGUCCCCAAUUCACGCAAGAACCGAGUCGAUCUAAUUACUUCACGAAUGUACAGGGGCUUGUUCUCCAUUGCGAUGUUAAAGGUAGUCCGCAACCGCAAGUCCAAUGGAGCCAAAAGGACGGCCAACCUCUGCUCAGCUAUUCUGGAAUCAGGGAGAUUUUCUCGAAUGGAACGAUCCACUUCCCACCAUUUCCCGUGUCCUUCUACCGACCUGAUGUCCACGAUCAAAUCAUCGUUUGUGUUGCUUCCAAUUCCAAUGGGAAGAUUAGAAGUCUGGAUAUUUAUGUGAGAGCUGUCAUAAACCAACGAUACGAAGUCCGGGCGGAGGAUGCUUUCGGUCUUGAGGGGAGUGAUAUUCUCUUCAACUGUGUUAUCCCUGAUUCGGUCAAAGACUUUGUGUCUGUCACUUCCUGGAUAAAGGAUGGAUUACUUAACAUUUUUCCACAUUCUGGAGCAGGUGGAAGGUACUUUACGACUCCCUCAGGCCAACUUCUGAUUGAGGACGUUACCAGAAAUGAUUCCUUCGCAACAUUUCGAUGCCGAACUGUGAAUAAAUUGACUGGAGAGACGACCCUGAGUGAAAAUUCUGCUCGCCUCCAGCUUCCUGGAGGUAGUAAAUCCAAACCAGAUUCUCCGCCCAGUAUCACCUCACGGAUUUCAAAACUGAGACUGAGGGAGGGCGACGUGGGUGUUUUGCUCUGUCUUUCGGACGGCUCGCCUUCCCCGUCACAUUGGUGGAUGCGAAGCAAUGGAGUUCAUGGAGGAUUGGAAAGUCUUCGACAAACGGAGCGAAUUCGGAUUCGUAAGUCCGCUGUGAUAAUAGAGAACGUGGGACUACAGGACGCAGGCAUUUAUGUUUGUUGGAGAAACAACACUUCGGGGUCAGACAGUUUUCAGAUUCGCUUGGUGGUGACAAGUCCACUCACCGUUCAAGUGAUCCCCCCGGUCUUGACAAUGGACAUUGGUAAAAGUGCAGAAUUCACAUGCUGGACAAAUAGCCCGGAGGAAACUGACCAGUCGACCGAGAGACAAAUAUCGUGGAGAAAGGAUGGGAUUGAAUUGAAAGUAAUUGAAAUUCGGUCGAGCCCACGGCUGUCGAUCACAGAGUCGGGAGAAAAGCUGCGAAUUGCCAAUGUCCAACGCGAAGACAAAGGGAUUUACCAAUGUUUUGUCAAAUUCGAUUCGGACAUGGCUCAAGCUGCUGCUGAGCUGAGACUUGGGGACGCAGCUCCGCAACUGGUGUAUCGAUUCAUUGAGCAAACAUUGAGUCCUAAGCAUGGAGUUUCUUUGAAGUGCUCUGCAUCUGCUGGCCCAACACCGCACAUUUCAUGGACUUUGGACAGCUUUCCUGUCCCACAAUCCGAACGAUUGCUUAUUGGCCAAUAUGUCACAUUACAUGGAGACGUCGUGAGCCAUGUGAACAUCACGUCGACACGAGUGGAGGAUGGUGGCGAAUGGACGUGUACAGCAUCGAACAGACUUGGUUCGAAUUUCCAUUCUGCUCGACUGAACAUCUACGGUCCUCCAAUUGUAAGAAAUAUGCCAGCCAGCAUGACGGCAGUUGCUGGGAAGGAUUUCAGGAUAAAAUGCCCUGUUGCUGGAUUUCCAAUAUCUUCUAUAACAUUUGAAAAAGAUGGCCAAACCCUUCCUUUAACUAGACGGCAGUUGGUGUCGCCUGAUGGGACGCUCAUAGUGAAAGACGUCGAUCGUUCCUCGGACGCCGGUUUCUACGUAUGCAGCGCAACCAAUAAUAAGGGCAACUCGGACCGGAAAGGAUUUCAACUAAAUGUAGUGGUGCCACCCACAGUCGUGCCGUUUAGCUUUCCCAGAGAAGUGAAAGAAGGUGAAAAAAUUUUUGUAACUUGUGUCGUAAGCCAAGGGGACGCCCCGAUGCGAUUGCAAUGGCUGAAAAACGCACAAGUUGUUGGAGAUACUACUGCUUCACCCCGAAAGGAAAACAAAUCCGGUGUCAAACAUCCAUCUGACCUGCGAUCUGACCUAAGCAUUCACCGAAUCGGCGACUCGGACGCGUUAGUUCUUCAAAUUACUCACGUUAAAUUUGAACACGGUUCAAAUUGGACUUGUAAAGCAAAGAACCCAUUUGGUACCCAAGAAUACACGCAACAAUUAGUUGUCCACGUACCGCCCAAGUGGACGCUGGAACCUAAAGACGCUGAAUUUACGUCAAAUUCGCAAAUCGUCUUAGAUUGCAAUUCAGAAGGUUACCCAGCACCAGUUAUGUCUUGGAAAAGAGCAGUUGGUAAUCGACCGGAAAACUAUCGAGACAUUCCUGUACAAUCGACUUCUCCAACCAGUUCCAGUUUGGGAAGCAUCACGUUACAACAUCAGCCAGGCGGAGGUGUAAUUUCUUCCUCUUCCGAAGAUGUGUUUUCGCUCACAAAUGGGAGUCUCAUUAUAAAGUCUGCGAGAAAGUCUCAUCAAGGAUUUUAUCUUUGCGAGGCCUCGAAUGGUAUCGGCUCUGGGUUGAGCAAAGUCAUACGGCUUGCAAUUAACGUACCUGUUCACGUGAAGGAGUUGCAGCGAAAUGUUUCCUCUCGUGUGGGAGGAAGAGCCAUGUUGAGAUGUGAAAUCACUGGAGAUGGUCCCAUUGAGGUUGGAUGGCGAAAAGGACUUGUGGAACUAAAACCAGAGACGGAUCCCAGAUACCAAGUCCGGACAUUAAACUCCAGCCAAGGCACCUUCACUUCAGAACUGACAAUAAAUAAUGUGGGGCGAGAAGAUGGCGAGGAACGGUAUCUGUGCUACUCUACGAACCACCACGGUCGAAGUCAAGGAAAUGUGUGGCUUUACGUCCAAGAGCCUCCUCCGAGUGUCCGCAAUUUGCAUGUGAUAUCAAAGGGGAGUCGUUUUGUUCGAGUAGGAUGGCAACUCACGCAGGAUGGAAACUCGCCUAUUAUCCAGUUUAUAAUAAAAUAUAGGUUACAAUCGGGCAAGUCAUUUCGCCUCCCUCACUCCAAAUGUUACAUACAUCACGUACAUUUCGCACUAAUUAUUGUCACUUUUUCCUUAAAUAUUUCAGCAAUUUCAAACGACUUUCACGAACUAACCGUGCCUGGACAAGUAUUUGCUGAAACGGUGGCGAAUUUGAAACCUGCACGAAAAUAUUCUCUAUUGAUCAUUGCAGAAAAUCAAGUUGGGCAAAGUGAACACAGCGCACUUCUGGAGAUCAAAACGGAUGGAGAACCACCUGAAGGUGCUCCUAAAAAUGUGAGAGUCUCUGCUGUCUCCGUGAGUGACAUCCAAGUUACGUGGAGCCACCCAGACCGAGAGACUUGGCAUUCGGAACUGCUCCUGGGUUAUUAUGUUGGCUACAAGAGAUUCAGAGAAGGCGACCAGUAUCAAUUUAAGACUGUUGAGAGACAGGAUGGAUUGCAAGAGUAUCAAAUUGUCCUUAAGGAACUUUUUGCUUUCUCCUCGUACGAGAUUGUCGUGCAAGCAUUCAAUGCCAAUGGGGCUGGCCCAAAUUCCGAUUCCAUCGUAGCUACGACAUUAGAAGAUGUGCCCAUCACAGCACCGGAUGGCCUGCAUUGCACAUCUCUAACGUCGCACAGCCUUCAACUCGGUUGGAGUCCCUUAUCACAGGAGCAAGCUCGAGGAGUUAUCAAAGGAUACAAAGUGCUUCUGGAGAAAACUGAUUUUGAUUUGUUGGAAAGUAGUGAGCCUCUAGUGAGAACAACUCCAUCGACAAAUAUAAUUAUUGGUGGGCUGGCCAAGUACAAAAAUUACAGCGUUCAGGUGCAGUCCUUCACUGGAGCUGGACCUGGUCCUUUGAGCCAACCCCUCACUUUCUGCCACACUGAAGAAGAUUUACCUGGAAACCCAGCAUCCGUCAAAAUCAGUAUCAAUCCAUCUUCCCCUACAAUAACUGUUACGUGGCUUCCUCCUGCAGAACCCAAUGGCAUUCUCACCAAAUACACGGUUUAUAUUUCCACUCCGGAAGUAGGCAAAGGUAAAGAUGCUAUCAAACGGAAGAGGCAAGUUCCACCCGACGUAACCAAAUUUCAGUUUGAUGGAUUGAGGAUGGAUGAGAAAUACGAAUUGCGAAUCACAGCCUCAACGAAAAUAGGAGAAGGCAAUCCUGCAAUUUCCCACAAACUCCUGAUCAAAACCGUGCAAUCAGCUAUUAUAUCGUUUGGAAUGGAGUUUCGUGUUGUUUGGAAAACCGACCUACGAUUACCAUGUGAGACGGUAGGACCUCAACCCAUACAGUGGACACGUCUCAUUGAAAAUCGAGAAUCUGAAAGACUUUCUGGAACGCAGGAAGGUUCUCUCAUGAUUAGGAAUGCACGCGACAGUGAUAGUGGAAAUUAUUCCUGUUCCAUAAAUGACAACAAGGGACACAUUAUAGACUCGAUAAUGCAUCAGGUCAUUGUUCAAGUUCCUCCUCUUGGACCGUUGCUAAAUGUCGCAGUCAAUUCUCAUUCGUCAUUAAAUCUUCAAUGGAAGGUGUCAGACACUGGUGGUGCUCCAAUCCGAGGUUACAUUUUGCAUCUAAAAGCAUCCGGUGAAUGGCUGGAACGUUCAAUAAGUAGACAUUUGACCUUCUACGAACUCAGAGAUCUGGAAUGUGGAACAGAGUAUCAGAUGUAUCUGGUUGCGUUCAAUCGGGCUGGAAUGGGUCGUGCAAGCGAAUUAUUGAACGUGAGUACACUAGGAGACCCACCAUCCUUAAGCCUUGUCGCCCCUCAGUUCAUGGUGGAAACGAAUCAAACGUGGGCCAGAGUGUUGCUUCGUGAUGUGUGGUCUGGAAAUGGUUGUCCUUUAAACAAAUUCCAAGUAUUAUUCAAAGAAUCCGGCGCGUCUCAUUGGCAAGCAGUGAGUGCUGAGCUCACGGGUGAAAGUCACAGUGCUGAGUUGCUGGGAUUGCGAGGAGGGACCACCUAUCAAGUCAAAGUAGUUGCCACAAAUACCGCUGGUAAAAGUCAAGCAGAGGUUACAAUUAACACACCUGAUGCUCAUGGUAAUAUAUAUCUUGGAGCGGAAACUUCUAACAAAAUCAUGAACUAUUCCGAGACUACGCCUUUUUAUUCGGAUAUUAGGCUCAUGAUUCCAAUAGUAUUGUCGUCUUUCACCCUUUUAAUCGCUGUUAGUGGAAUAUGCCUUUGCUUUCACAGGAAAGCACCAGUUGAGUAUCGUUCAACGGAUCAAUUAUCAAUGGGAACAUCUUCAUCUUCCACAUAUUUUAAGCAGAAUCACAGAAACUCCCAGCAACAGGUUUACAUGACUGUGAAAAAGUCUACUCCAAUGAAAGGAGUGGAUGUCACAGACUUGGAGCCAAUUCCUCAAUAUGCGGACGACAUUCAUCCAUACGCCACUUUUGAAUUGAACGAAAAUUCAAGAGAUUCAAAGGGAUGUAUUUUAAUUCCAACCUUGGAAAGACGAAGAUCUUCCAACCAAGGGCAGUGGAACCAAAAUGCAAUGUAUCAAGACAAGAACCGUUCCAGUGUGAAACCAAGAAGCAAUCCUCGAAGUUCUAUGAAGCAGGAGGAAAGUGAAGAGUAUGAUAGCGGAUCUGGAACGGACACUGAGCGAGUAGAUCCUUACCAAGGGUUCAAUAAAUCUCAUACCGCAAUGCCUAGCAGAUUAAAUUCAAAAUUUCAAGACUGUGACUCUCAUGCUCACGGGAAUCGUUACGAAUUUGCUCCUCCGACCGGUGCCAAUAAGAUACGAACUAGACAGAUUCAAAGCGAAAUUCAGGGCAUGGUAAUAGCUGAUCCGUAUUCAUUCAAUGACGCUUUCCCAACUGAUGAGCGUCGUAGUAGAAAACCAAAUAAACGCAGAUCUCAGGGACAUUCUCAAACCACACAAAUGAACCAGGAAGCGACCGAAUAUCCAGGAUUGGACCUAUCCUUGGACCCACCUUAUGGUUUUAAGGAUCAACAUGAAACAACAAAUCAUAAUAAAAAAAUCAAUAGAAAAUCGAAUUCUUCAACUGAGUAUGCUAUUGCGGUUUGACAAUAGUGGUAAGGCAUGGCACAAUUUUUUGUGACCUGCCACUCCAAUUUCUAAUAUUGUAUUGGUUGUAUUGUACUCGAAAAAUCUAUCUGUGAUACCAUUGAAUAAUUGGUUAUAAAAGUAGGCAAGCAGAUGUGAAAAAUAAGCAUGUAACCACCAUAGAUUUUAAACCACAUAACUUGUAUACAAAUAUAGCGAACUUUGUACGUGAUUAAAUGAUUUGAAAAGUA